AUGGUCAAAGUGAAGCAUAGGUAAGCUGAGGUUACAGCAUAAAAAUCUUCUUUCAGAUAUUUGUUAGCAGAAGUAAUAUACGAUGAUCCCAUGACAAGAAAUACGGCAACUGACUUGGAUAUACGUAAUGCUAUCAUGAAUAAAGUGGGUAUGCUACAUGGAGAUUUGGGCCAUGCGUCGACCCAAUCAUCCCUUCAAGUUAAAGUUUGCGAUUCCAUCUUCUCAGUUGUGGUGUUGAGAGUUGCCUCAGACGCCUUGAAUUAUGUUUCAUCUUCAAUUCCGUUCGUGGUUAGCGUGGGAAACAGCGAUGCCAUCCUCAGAGUGUUAUUCCAAGGUACGGAACCAUCCGUAUACUCUCAAUGUCUCACAUUUUAAGGUAGUUCAAUGCGAACUGUGGAGAAGAAACUGAUCGACUUCAACCUCAAGCUCUUUUACGCCAAACUCCAACGGAAGCCCCAUGGGGGUGAGUCGGCUCUGUUCUUUUACAAAAAUACAGAGAUUCCUUUUAUAUAAUUCCCCUUUUCCAGACGAAUCAAAUGCCCUAAGGACGGCGAUAGCCCGAGUGACCGGCUCGAAUGUAUCACACAUCAAACUUUGA